GAAUCAUUCGGGUUUAGCCGUCUUGAGAGACAUGUGGCUAAANUUACGCACCCAUCCCAAUUAAAAUUCACCACCGAAACUGAUUUGAUCGAACUCGGGAUGUCUAAACCGGAGAUGCGGCGACUAAAGAAAUUUUACGACAAACAUUUUCCCAAUAAUUAUUUAUCGAAAAUUAAAAAACUUAUUAAGACCGCACGAAAUCAUGAUACAACAACGCACGAAUUUACACACCCGUUAAAUAGCGACAAUGUUCCUGUUUCUAAGGCCCCAAGGGUUCCCAGUAAACAUAUUAUUCCCGCCGCUAAUAUUACAGUUAAUAAGGAAUUGGGAAUGGGUGAAUUUGGGGUUGUGCAACAAGGUGUUUGGUGUAAUGAAGGGGAACGAAUUCAGGUUGCAAUUAAAUGUUUAGCAAGAGAUCGAAUGCAAACGAAUACAAUAGAAUUUUUAAAAGAAGCGGCUAUAAUGCAUUCGAUUGAUCACGAACACAUCGUACGUUUGUAUGGAGUCGUUUUAGACACAGUAAGCCUAAUGUUAGUCACCGAGUUGGCACCUUUACGUUCUUUAUUAGAAUGCUUAAAAGAACCCAGUUUACGGUCGAGUUUUCCUGUACUUACACUAUGUGAUUUUGCCGUGCAAAUAUGCCACGGGAUGCAGUAUUUAGAAGCGAAACGAUUAAUACACCGAGAUUUAGCGGCACGAAAUAUUUUAGUCUUUUCGAAAAAUAAAGUUAAAAUUUCCGAUUUUGGUUUGAGCAGAGCUUUGGGGCAAGGAAAAGAUUACUAUCAAACCAAUUUUAAUGUUAAUCUUAAACUACCGAUCGCGUGGUGCGCCCCCGAAUGUAUUAGUUAUUUAAGAUUUACAUCAGCGAGUGACGUUUGGGCGUUUGCUGUGACGUUGUGGGAAAUGUUUUCGUAUGGUUUUCAACCUUGGGCCGCUUUAACUGGGCAACAAAUUUUAGAAGCGAUUGAUGAACCAAAUUAUCAAAGGUUAGAACAACCUGAUUGUUGUCCAUUGGAUCAUUACCAAUUGAUGUUGGAUUGUUGGAGACAUGAUGCUUCUACUAGACCUAGAUUUGCGGAUGUUGCUACUAAAUUAGUUGAUUGUCGACCAGAACAAGUUCAAGCUAAAGUUUCUUCGUCUGAUGGGCCUCAUUUAUUACCCUUCCGAGUUGGGGAUGUUGUUACAGUCCUUGAUAAAAUGUAA